AAGGCUUUCCUAACUGGAGCUUGCGUCCAGGAAGGAGCCAGGUCUCCCUAGGCUGGAUGAACCUGGAUUUCAUUUCUCAUUCAGGAGAUUUCCGAAAGGCUCAACAGACAUCCCGUUCACCAGACCCCUGAAUUUUAUAGAAAAUCGGCGGGAGAGAACAAACAACAGAAAGAAGAAGUGAGGAGGAAGCACAUUCGUCUGCACAUGGAAGGCGCGCUAACCGCCAGGGACAAGGUCGGGGUGCAGGAUUUUGUGCUGUUGGACGCCUACACCAGCGAAUCUGCUUUUCUGGACAAUCUUCGCAAGCGUUUCAGCGAGAACCUCAUCUAUACCUACAUUGGGACCCUCCUUGUGUCUGUGAACCCAUACCAGGAGCUUGGAAUCUACACUGUGAGCCAGAUGGAACUUUAUCAAGGGGUCAAUUUCUUUGAACUGCCACCACAUGUCUACGCCAUAGCUGACAACGCGUACCGUAUGAUGUGCUCUGAGCUAAACAACCACUUCAUCCUCAUUUCUGGAGAGAGCGGGGCAGGGAAAACAGAGGCCUCCAAGAAGAUUCUGCAGUAUUUUGCUGUGACCUGCCCAAUGACUGAGUCACUCCAAAUAGCCCGUGACAGACUGCUGCUCUCCAAUCCUGUGUUGGAGGCUUUUGGAAAUGCCAAAACACUCCGGAAUGACAACUCCAGCAGAUUUGGAAAAUACAUGGACAUACAGUUUGACUAUAAGGGCAUUCCCGUAGGUGGGCAUAUCAUCAGUUACCUGAUAGAAAAGUCUCGAGUUGUCUAUCAAAACCAGGGCGAGAGGAACUUCCACAUCUUCUAUCAGCUGCUGGAUGGUGGCGAAGAGGAGCUCCUUGCAUACCUGGGACUUGAGCGGGACCCCCGGCUGUACAAAUACCUCUCACAGGGUCAUUGUGCCAAAGAGUCAUCUAUUAAUGACAAGAACGACUGGAAAACUGUUUCCAGUGCCUUUUCUGUCAUCGAUUUUACUGAAGAUGACCUCGAGAAUCUCUUUGGAAUUAUUGCCAGCGUCCUACACCUAGGAAACAUUUGUUUCGAAGAGAACCACCAAGGCUGUGCCGCCAUACCAGACACCCAUGAGAUCAAAUGGAUCGCCAAGCUCCUGGGUGUCCACCCCUCCAUCCUUCUGGAAGCUCUCACCCACAGAAAGAUUGAAGCCAAAACUGAGAAGGUACUAUGCCCAUUGACACUAGAACUCUCUGUCUACGCUAGAGAUGCAAUGGCCAAGGCCGUUUAUGGAAGAACAUUUACUUGGCUGGUCAACAAAAUCAACUCUUCCUUAGUGAACAAGGAUUUCACCAAGAAAACUGUGAUCGGAUUGCUGGACAUCUACGGGUUUGAGGUCUUCGACAAGAAUGGUUUUGAACAGUUCUGCAUCAAUUAUUGCAAUGAGAAACUCCAGCAACUGUUGAUUGAGAGAACCCUAAAGGCAGAACAGGCAGAAUAUGAAAUGGAAGGUAUAGAGUGGGAACCGAUUCAGUAUUUCAACAACAAGAUCAUCUGUGAUUUGGUGGAAGAGAGACACAAAGGAAUCAUUUCCAUUCUGGAUGAAGAAUGUAUCCGUCCCGGUCCCGCAACAGACUUGAGUUUCCUGGAGAAAUUGGAAGAGAAAGUAGGGAAGCAUGCACACUUCCAAACCCGGAAGCUGGCAGGGCCAAAGGGCCGGAAGAGGAUUGGCUGGAUGGAGUUCCGGCUCUUCCACUAUGCGGGGGAGGUCACCUACUGCACGGAAGGAUUCUUAGAAAAAAACAAUGAUCUCCUCUACAGACAUCUGAAAGAAGUGCUAUGCAGGUCCAAAAACCGCAUCCUGAAGGAGUGCUUCCUGGUGGCCGAGUUAGAAAACCGGAGAAGGCCACCAACGGUGGGAACUCAGUUUAAAAACAGCCUGAGCAGCCUUUUGGAAAUCCUCAUCUCUAAGGAACCUUCAUACAUCCGUUGCAUCAAGCCCAAUGAGAGGAAAGAACCCAGCAAGUUUGACGACUUGCUCAUAAGGCAUCAGAUCAAGUACCUGGGGCUGAUGGAGCACUUGCGGGUGAGACGGGCGGGCUUUGCAUACCGGCGGAAAUACGAGCAUUUCUUGCAAAGGUACAAGUCCCUGUGCCCGGACACCUGGCCACACUGGCACGGGCCUCCAGCAGAGGGUGUGGAACGGCUGAUCCAGUACAUGGGCUACACACCAGAGGAGUACAAGUUAGGGAGAACCAAAAUCUUCAUUCGUUUCCCCAGAACUCUGUUUGCUACCGAAGAUGCCUUUGAAUUCAGUAAACAUCAAUUAGUUGCGAGGAUCCAAGCCACAUACAAAGCCUGCCUAGAAAGGAGAGUAUAUGUGAAAAAAAGACAGGCAGCCAUCAGACUGGAGGCGCACUGGCGUGGGGCCCUGGCUCGGAAGGCGGCCAGUAGGAGAAGGUGGGCUGUGCGGACCGUGAGGAAGUUCAUAAAGGGAUUCAUCAACCGAAACAAAGCCCCCUGCCCGGACAACGAGGAGUUUAUCGUGUUCGUGCGGAAGAAUUACAUCUUGAAACUUCGGUAUCAUGUCCCAAAGAAUGUCUUGGACAAGAGCUGGCUGAGGCCUCCUGGCAUCUUGGAAAAUGCAUCCGACCUGCUCAGGAAAAUGUGCACAAGGAACCUGGUCCGGAAGUACUGUUGUGGGAUCACAGCGGAGAGGAAAGCACUGAUGCAGCAAAAGGUGGUUAUGAGUGAACUCUUCAAGGGAAAGAAAGAAGGUUAUGCAGAAGUCCUAAGCCAGCCCUUUGCCGACAGCCGGAUCGAUGAAGGAGACAUUAAUCCCAAAGUGCUUCAAGUCAUUAGCAAUGAGAAAAUCCAGUAUGGUAUCCCGGUCAUCAAGUAUGACAGGAAAGGCUUCAAGGCCCGGCCGCGCCAACUCCUCCUGACUCAGAAGGCAGCUUAUGUGGUGGAGCUUGCCAAAAUCAAGCAGAAAAUAGAAUACUCAGUCCUCAGAGGUGUCUCUACUAGUAGCCUCAGUGAUGGCAUCUUGGUCAUUCACGUCUCACCAGAGGACCACAAGCAAAAGGGCGAUGCCAUCUUACAGUGUGAGCACGUUUUUGAAGCGGUCACCAAGCUUGUCAUGCUGGCAAAGAGAGGGAACGUUGUGAAUGUCGUUCAGGGAAGUUUACAGUUUUAUAUCAGCCCUGGAAAAAAAGGCACGAUCGUUUUUGAUACAGGGCCAGAAGAACAAAUCUAUAAAGAUAAAAAUGGCCAGUUAACUGUGGUGAGUGGCUGUGGCGGGAGGUGAGUUUUCCCUGAGAACGCAGAUUAAAAUGUGGCCAUUUUCAGCCCUGCUCUUGACUUUUCAUGUCUCCCUCUAUUCCUGAUUCUACAUCAAAACAGGUGGUACUGAUGCCCGAGGCACACAUUCACACAGGGAACGAAAGGGUUUGAAGAAAGCAAGCUUACCUCCCAUUUCUAGUUGUUAGUGAACAGGAUGGUGAUGUUAAGUCCUUCUCAGUUUUAAACGUCGAAGGCAACUUUUCACUGGAGGGCGAAGGCUGAGGCUUUGUGGUGUCUCCCAACUUGGACUCUCCUGGCAAGCUUCUAGAAAUACCCAUGCCAGAGUCUUGGCCCUGGACGCUGUGAUGGGACUGGUGCGGGCUGUGGCCUGCUCUUUGCCAUGGGAGCCAUGUUGGGUCUGAAAAGCAGAGCUGACUGCUGUCUGGUGAAGUCCAGGCUGGGUGCUCAGUGCUUAGUCUUCCCCAUCAGUCUCAGGGUGCUAAGCUAGGCGUCCCCAUAGCCUUCACUGGCAAGUAGUACACAGGGCUUAGUGUGAUCCCAUCUUGCUAGGAAAUGACAGAUUAAAACCUGAGGGGGCUGAAUCUUUGUGAGGUAUUUUGUAGGUGCACGCUGUAUUCUCAUCUGAUACAAAUAUAUGAGCCAAAAGUCUGUCAAUAAAUGGGGUGUCUCGUAAAUACUUAUAUUUGCAUCCCCACAACUUCAACUGUCUUUGUGGGGUAAGUCGUACACAAAAGGCUUUCCUAAAAUAACUGCCCCUGAACUCCUUCAGGGAGACGUUAAAAAUCUUUGAAGUAUCAUUUCAGCCUUUUCAGCUUACAUGCCAUCUUAGGGGUGUGACCUUUAAGGAUUCGGCCUUGGGCAUCCCCCAGCUCCAGCGCCUGACUGGCUGGGGCUGAAGCUGCUAAGCAGCCUGUGAGUCCUUUUCUAAAUGCCCUCUGUCUCAGCGGCAGGUGGGGUCGGCUUCAAAGCUCGUCCGCGCUGCCACUGCCCACUGCUGGGGCGUGAAGGGUCUCUAACCUAACUGUGGGUGCUCUCCCGAGGUGUCGGUCCACGCCAAGUCCUCCUGACCGCUCCCGGGGCCGUCUCUGCUCCGGCUGAGGAAAGCACCCAGGAAGCAGGAGGCUGUCCAGGGAGCUACACCUUCAAGGAAACAGGUCCCCGAGGUUCCAGGCAGAGGAGCAGCUCUGAAGGAACUGAGUGGCAUCCAUCCACCUCCCAGUUCUCAGCAGCCCUGGGGCACUAAAGGGAAAGGUGCUCUUCAGCGGCCCAACCUCAGGUCACCUGCACGGAUGGGUUGCAGUGUCCCUACCAGGUCCUUCCCUCGAUGGGCACUUGAAAGUGUCAUUAAAGGGUGCAGCAGAUCCUCUACCUUUGUCAAGCUGCCCCUGAGGGACCAUGGAGGAGUAUAUAUACACACAUGGUCUGAGAGGGAGUCCUUGUAAUUUGAUAAAGCUGCGUGUUUUGAAUUUUGCUUUAACUAAAUGGAACUUAGGUGCUUUGGGUUCCAGAUGGGGAGCCGUAGCAGAAAUGUCAUGGCCUUAAGUGUGUUUGUGUCUCCCCUGUCCCGGCCCCCCUCCCUCGUGUUAACAUGGCAGCAACCCCAGUGGACUCACUCUGGUUUCCACCUAAGACUUCCAGCAGGGUCUCAGCGAACAGAACAGUGACCCCCGCCGGGCUCUCCCUGGCGACUUCAGGUGAAAGCAGAAUGAAUGGAGGACAGAGGCCUUGCCCUCUUUGCUGUGAACCCCACCACACUGCUGGGAUUGUGCUGGGUGUUUCUGAAAAGACCCAGAAAACAUUUAAACAGAAGCAUUAUGUAACUUUUAUUUUACAUGUCCACAAAUGCUUGUACAACAUACAGUGACUACUUCUAACGUUUAUAGCAUUUUUUUAUAGCACAAAAAGGAAAGUCAGUGACACAGAGGCGUGCUACCGUCACAAUGGGAGGAGCCCAGCUGCCGAGGAGGGCUGAACUGCUGCCACGUGGGUCUCGAGCAGCUGCUGGAGGUGAGGGGCAGGGGAGCCCACCUAUCCAGAGUGUGGGGUCCCUGCACCUCAGCCAGGCUGCUCAUCUGAGGGUUCAGGGUGGGGGCAACAAGAGGCUACUCCAGGAUUGUCUUGGG